UUUUUAGAAUUCAAAAUUUAUAAACUCAAAAUUCUAAUUUGACCUCUUACUGUCUUAGAAGCAAAAUAUUAGUUGUAAUUGAAAAUAAAAAUUGCCCUUAGCCUUCUAGAAAACCAAAAAGCCACCUCAGGCCAGAUAAGUCAUUGGUCAACUCUUCCUAAUGCCAAAUGUUAAUUGUAUUCUUAUUCCUCAAGCCACCAAAAAAAAAAAAAAAGGAACUCUUAACUAAAGCCCAAAAAAAUCAAACUUUUAAUUAAUUAACCCCUCAUAGAAGUCUCUAGAGACCUUCACCAUUCUCUUAAUUUUUGCACAACAUACGCCUCUAACAAAUUCUUUAUAUAGCCCCUUUUCUUUUCCCUCUCUUUUCCAUCACACCACUUUCUAAAAAAAAAAAAAAAAAAACUCUCCCCUCGUAUCUAUAUUUCCUCCAAAACCAAGAAGAAGCAAAAAGUGGACAAAUUUGUAACUUUUGCUAGAUAUUUCUCCAAAAGCAAGGAGAAGCAAAAGGGUUAAAUUUGUAACUUUUGCUAGGCCAAGAAAUGGGCACUUUAGUGGGACAUGUAGCACCAGGAUUUGGCUUCUUUCUAAUUGGUAUUUGGCACUUGAUUAAUCAUAUUAGAUUACAUGCUUUACACCCAAAAUCAUACACUUCUUUGGCUUGGUUCCCAACUCCAAGAAUUAGGUACUUAGAACUUUUCUUGAUUAUGGGGGGUUGUUUGGCCUCAAUUUCAAUGGAACUUUUUAUUGGUCCAAAAAAACACCAACCUUUAGAUAUUGAUGGAACUAUUCCUUCUAACCAUCUACACAACUUUGAACAUUCAAACAUCUCCUUAACUUUCUUUGUAUAUGCACUUUUCUCUAUAAUCUUUGACAAAAUUAAACUUCCACCCCAUGACAAAUAUGGGCUCACACAAUUUCUUGGUGCUAUUGCAUUUGGUCAACAACUAUUGCUUUUCCAUCUUCACUCUGCUGACCAUAUGGGAGUUGAAGGACAAUACCAUUGGCUUUUACAAAUAGCCAUUUUUGUGUCUUUAGCGACUACACUUUUGGGAAUUCCAUUUCCUAAGAGUUUCUUGAAUAGUUUUGUGAGGUCUUAUAGCAUUAUGUUCCAAGGGAUUUGGCUUAUGGUCAUGGGGUUUAUGCUUUGGACACCAAAAUUGAUCCCAAAAGGUUGUUUUAUCAACUUUGAGGAAGGUCACAAAGUGGUUAGGUGCCAGAAUCAUGAAGCACUUGAAAGGGCAAAAUCUUUAGUGAACAUUCAAUUUAGUUGGUAUGUAGUUGGGAUCACAAUAUUUUGUGUCACUCUUUACUUGGUUCUAAUCAAGAUUUUCCAAGAAAAAGUUGAGUACCAAUCCUUGGAUAGCAAAUUUGAGGAACAAGAAGAUGAUUUGGAGGAUGUUGAAGCUCAAAACAGUAGCAAAAAUGGGGUUGAGUCAAAUAGAUUUCUUGAAAUGGGAAAAAUGUUCGCAUCUACGUCAGAUAUGGAAAGGUGAAAAUGAGAGAAAUCAUAAUUGAAAAUUAAAUUAAGGUAUGUGUACAAAAAUAAAGAUUUGGUUAGGUGGAAUGUUUUUGUUUAUUUUUAAAUUUUUUUUGUUUUGAUUAAGCCUACAAUAAAACAAUUGUUGGCUUUGUUGAAUCAACCAAAAAAAAAAAAAAAAGAGAGGGAAUUUGGUUCAAAAUUUGUGUUGGUUGUAUUGAUGGUUUUAGUUUAGGUGAUGCUUGUUAUAAAGGGGGCAUAAAUAUAAGAAACUUUUAGUAUAGGUGGGGACUUUGGGAACUUAAUCUUCUUCUCCAUUGUUAUUACGAAGUUGUAAAUUUGUAAUUAAAGGUCUUUUUAUUCAGUUCAUUUAUUAUUGGAUUAA